CUAGCCAUUGGGUUCUUCAUCGUCGCACGUUAGUUGUGAUUUCCUCCCAUAGAGGAGAUUAGCGCAGCCGCAAGAUACUUAGAAUGGUACAUAUAAUUCAAAAUCAACAAAAUAAGUGACUAGAUCGUGUUGCUCGUUCCAUUUAAUUUUCUCGUUGUUUUUUUCGACUGGUAGUUGAGCAGGGGCAAGUACAGUUGUCAAAAGAAGUAGAACUAUUGUUCGAAAUAAAAAAUCAAAAUGGGGGCGGAUGAAACUAAAAUCCAGCGGGGGCAACUAAUGAAGGGCAAGGGCUACAGCCUUCGCCGCUGGGACCGCUGGCAGCGCCACCAUUCUUCUUCUCCCUCUCCGGUGUCGUGGUCCGUGGGGAUGUCUGUGCUAUUUUGGUUUGUGGUCGUCCUCAACGUUUGCGUGGUCCCAGGGGAGUUGAUUCCGGAAGAUCACGUCAAAAUGUAUUAAUUUGGUGUACGUAGAAUUUUUUGAUUCAUUAGAACUACACCUAUCUGUAGCUGCAGCUGAUGUGUUGUCGUGUCCCUCUCAGUAUCACGAUCGUGAUUCACGAUGUCAUGUCACUUACUCUGCAAAGGCACGCAGGUAGUAGGAGAAGUUCAACAGCAGUUGUUGGUCACUUCUACUCUUCUACUUCGACUAGUCAACAGUGUAGAUGGUGAUCGUAGGAACAGACGGACGUUAAAACCCCAGGCUCUUCGGUUUGCUGGCCCAGACGAACCACGUCCUCGACACUGCGACGAAGCAGAAAAACGCCAUCGUAGCACAACUGGAAGCGAUUGCGGGAGCGAGGGUGGACGGAAAUGGAGAUGGUCGCGUGUCUCGGCUUGAGGCGAAGGCGUUCUGCGACAAGUUUUCGGGAGGUCCCGGCGUUGCAGCUGCGGGUGGAGCGCAAGUAUCCUCUGCAAAUAAAGUAACGCACUUGUAUACUUGCAAGUUUGUACAUAAAACAGCAUGGCAAAUGCAUUUUUGUUCCUCGGAAAAUUUGUAAAUGCAAUCCACAAUAGAAGUGCGAUACUUUGACUUUUGCAAUGCAUAGCAAGGCGGAGAAGUACCGGGGCACCAGCCUGGCGGCGGCGUCCCGAUUGCUGUCGAGGACUACACGGGAUCUUCGAGUUUCAUCCAGAAAGGCUAUUCGUUUGCAGACUGCGCGAACUACGUCCGAUCGUCGUAUAAUUCGUGUUCUUGCUGGCCGUCGCCGUCCGCAUCCGCAACCGAUGCCAAGGAGCAGUCCUCGAAUGAACUAGAGGUGAGCAGUCCGGAAUCCGAGCCAGAGGUGUUUCGGCCGCCACAAAAAAGGAUUGAUGUCGAGUAUCGCCACCUUUUUCACGUAAAUGUACCAAAAAUGCAGGCUGUGCUUCAGGAUCAGGUCGAACAUGAAUGGGAUGCUUGGUAGUUAGGUCCAAGGACACAUGAGAAAUGGAUGCAAAGGUGUGAAAUGGCGCACCUCCAGGCCCCACGGUUUUUAGGAGCGAUAAUCCGACCUAGGGUGCAGAAGUUGAUGCCCAACAGGGCUAGCCGCUGCAUGAAGAUCUGGGUUCCUGUAUUAGUAUUGACACAAAAUAAUAAUGCGCCUCACAUUCGAUGUAGCGAAUAGGUAGAUUAGAUAUAACCUGAAGAAGAAGAUCCACAGAGACCACGGGAAACUAUAAUUUUAAGCUGUGCAACAACCCUACCCCUUUGCCUUUCCGGCGGCGGAAAGGGGGACCGACACCGUUUAGGUGGGUGGCGCCCCCCCUUCCCCCCCUUUCCGUAGAGGCGGCCCCAGUUCGUUUUUUUCGUGCCGACCGAAAAUCCCGGGCAGGUGGGUGGUACCCCCUCCCCCCCUUUCCGCCGGCGGAAAGGGGUAGAGUUGUUGCACAACUUUAAAAACUAGGGAAACAGUAUCCCGGAGACUCUAGCAAGGGGAUUGCGCGAUGCUUUGGGAUGAUGAAGCGCGAUGAAGCUUUACUACGCCAUGGCUGGACUGCGUUCAGCCGGAACAUUUUGAUGCGCAUUGAGAUUUACAUUUAAGUCCUUCGAUGGUGCUCGUUAGGCGGAAAAUUUCCGCCGAACGAGCACCAUCGGCCUGUGGGUGGUGUUCGGGCCCGCGGCUGCCUUGCUAGUAGAUUCUUUUUCGUUUGCCCAGUUUAGUUUCGAGAAUCUACUAUAUGAAAGUCAAGCGCGUCAAACCCCCGCAUCCCGGAAAAUCAAGCUCAACCCAACCCGCAUUACAGGCGAUUGCAGGCGGCUCGGGGCAUCAACAGACGGCAACCACCACGCGUAGCCCCUAUUCAGCCUCUCGCAGACGGUCCCGCCAGUCGCCCCUGGCUCGUGCCGCCCCAUGCAGUAAGUCUUUGUCUUUGAUGCUGUGUGUGGUUUUGAUUUCGAUGUGCCAAAGACGGUCUAGAUAAAUGCAGAAACAUGUUUUGUUGAGCACGAGCCAUCAGGAAUUGGAAGUGCUCAACAGGAACGAAAGCCAUCCGAUGGCGUGCGGUAAAACCAAAAGAACGAAGGCCUUAGGCCAGCGCAGAAGGCUCCAAGCGGAUUGCACGUAGAUCCGGAAAUCGUAGCGUGAAUGCCAAUACCAAUACAGUAUUUUCUCAGCGUGUCACAUAUCAAAUGCAAAUAUGUCUGGGUCUGGAAGGUUGCAACGUGUGAUGCUGUCAUCGGAUUCUAAAAAAAAUUGUAUUGCAGCAGGAGCAGCAAAGGGAAUGUGAUUUUUGCUACGCGGAGAGGGCAUUUUUCAUGCGGAAGAGGCAUCAAGAACCCCUCAAAAAAUCUGUGAUGUUACGGCAUGCGUCGCAGACAUCAUGGCUCAUGCAAAACGUGCAUGACAAAUCCCGAAAUCAUCCAGACCCAGACAUUUUUGCAGUUGAUAUCACAGACACAAUCGCAAUCUUCAUAAAUGGUUCACAACAGGCAACGUGGAGAAGGCAGCUGGACAGCAAGGACCGGACGCUCAUCGCUCAGCGCAAGCAGGACCGUCAGUGGGGUAGUUUCCACUCAAGUGCAUCCUUCAUCCAGACGACAAACGGUGACCAUCUCGACAAGCACGAGCACACCGAUGUCGCCUCGCAAGUAUUUUGUGAAACAUCACAGCCACCACCGAUAAUUUCUCAUGCGUAUUGAUGUGCAGAUGCAGAGAUGACAAGUUAGAGACUUCUUCUAUGUAGCUAAAAUGCUUGCAUUUCUUAUUUCACGCACUAGACCUUGAUGUAAUCGGUGAUGGCGGUUCCGGUUUUACCUAGGAUACCACGACGAGGAGCUCGACUGAGGCGACACGCUAAGAAUUUGACUCAUCUUUUCGCUCGUGCUACAGGGUUCAAUGAUUGAUGGAAACAGCCAAGCUACAAAUCCGCCGCCCAUCAUCGACGGUAUAUAGAGUAGACUAUACAUAAAUUGAUAUUUUUUCUCGUGCACAUCAUGCGAAACAAACGUAUUUGUUUUUGUUGCAAGAUGUAGAAGAUGGUUGUGGUUUACUCUGCUAGAACCAAAAGCGAAUGCAACUGCCUUAUACGAAGACAGGUCGUCUUCGUGAUGCCGUUUCUCCGUCGAAUCCCUUGUAGUACGUGCGGGGAUGGAUCCAGCUGCUGUUUCUCUUCUCUAUCUUCUACUUCCUCCCCAGUGAACAAAACGAAACCACCUUUGCCUUUCGAUUUCGAGAACAUUAAAACGUACAAACGAUGAAUGAAAAUAAAUCAAAAUGUAUUUGUAAAGAAACAAAAAGAACGCGACUGCUGUAAUAAUAUCAUGACCAGUACCUGCUUGUCACCUGGAGGUGAAAGCGCCAAGAAAACUUUGCGAGUCAAUAUGUAUCAAACCUAUGUACAACUUUGUCGUACUCCAGUGAUAGUCCAAGCCGAACUUGUAUGGAAAUCGUGGUAACUGCAAUGUACAUUCGCAAAUAUUGAAUCAGCCGAAACUUCGAAAUAACGAAAUAUAUCUAUAUGCGCUGAUGCAAAUUUUGGAAAAAAAAAGCACAGUAGUUAUUUCGCGACCGUGCGGACACAGGAGGAAUAACGAACGAUUGUUCGAUCACAUUGUUGGUUAAAAGAUGAAGAUAAAUCAGAAUUAUGAGAAUGUGUCUGCAGAGUAUGUACUGGCGCCACCAUCUGCAGUCGUCUACCAUCUACUCCAAUG